UCUUCGGACAAAAUACAAUAAAAGUUUCCCCUAACCAUCUAUUCUUUUCCUCUUAAUUAAUUUCUCUUUCUUUUUUCUCUCCACCUAUAGCUUUUUCUUCUCUCUUUCUCUCUUCUUUCAUUCUUUGCCUCGAAAAAUAAAAGUGUAAUGCUCACCGGUUUCUCUCUCCACCCUCUUCCGACAGAUAUCUAAUGAAAUUCCAUAUCCGUCGAGGAGUUUGUUUGUCGUAGGAGUUGAAUCAUGAUGGCACCUACUACGACCAGCAACAGCAUGAUGCAACAUCAUGGCCAUGCAAAUACUAUUGGCGAAGAUGUUGCAUCCGUUGACAUUGACCUAAUGUGUCCUUUCGAAAACAUUGAUGGUCUUCAUCGUGACCAUUUUCGUGAUGCGGCUUACGAGAUAUUCUUCACAGCAUGUAGGUCAUCCCCAGGGUUUGGGAGUAGGACAGCUCUAUCAUAUCAUAGUCCGUCGGAAGGAGGAGAUGGAAGUGGAUCCGGGGUUGGAUCUACCAGCCCCGGAUCCCCGGUGAAGCCAUCCGGGGUGGGGAUGGCCGUUACAAGUAAGGUGAAAACCGCGUUAGGGUUGAAAAUGCUGAAGAGGUCACGGUCACGUAGGGCUAGCUCUUAUGGGGGCAACCCUUCGUCACCACCCAGCUCUGGGGGUGGUGGCACGAGUCCCAAGGUGGCAUUCACCGUGCCCUCGCACGGUACGAGGGCACGGAGGCCAAUGACAUCGGCUGAGAUUAUGAGGCGGCAAAUGCGGGUGUCAGAACAAAGUGAUAGUAGGCUACGUAAAACUCUUAUGAGAACUCUUGUUGGCCAAAUGGGAAGACGAGCAGAGACAAUUAUCUUACCAUUAGAGCUAUUACGCCACCUUAAACCAUCCGAAUUCAGCGAUUCUCACGAGUACCAUCAAUGGCAAAAACGCCAGUUCAGGAUCCUAGAAGCAGGCCUUCUCCUUCACCCUUCACUUCCAGUAGAAAAAUCAAACACAUUCGCGAAACGCUUCAGAGAGAUCAUCAGAUCAGCUGAAACUAAAGCCAUUGACACUGGCAAGAAUUCGGAGACAAUGAGAGCACUGUGCAAUUCAGUAGUUUCCUUAGCCUGGAGAACCGUUGAUGGCUCAGCAACUGAUAUUUGUCAUUGGGCUGAUGGAUUCCCUUUAAAUGUACAUAUUUAUACUGCUCUUUUAUCCUCUAUUUUCGACAUGAAAGACGAUACAAUGGUUCUUGAUGAAGUCGACGAGCUUCUUGAAUUGAUGAAGAAGACAUGGGUAAUUUUGGGUGUCAACAAAUCACUUCAUAACUUGUGUUUCACUUGGGUGUUAUUCGAACAGUACAUUGUCACCGGACAAGUUGAGCCUGAUCUUCUUGGCGCCGCGAUGAUCAUGCUGAGUACUGAAGUUGCUAAUGAUGCUAAGAAAGUGGAUAGGGAGCCUUUUUUUGUUAAGAUGUUGGCAAAUGUGUUGAUAUCUAUGAGGGAAUGGUCAGAGAAAAGAUUGGUUAAUUACCAUGAAAGUUGCAAUAAAGGAGGUGCUGGAAUGUUGGAGAAUAAUCUUCCUCUGUUCUUCGCGGCCACGAAGAUAUUAGAGGAAGAUAUUCCGGGCUAUACAUCUGACGAAUCUGAGAAAGUUAACGAACUCGCGGAUGAUUCAGCUGGAAAUAAAGUCUGUUACUUCAUCCGUUCGUCCAUGAGGGAUUCAUUCGCUAAGAUGUUGGAAGAAAUAAACAUAGAUGGUGCAAGUUUUGAAUUGGAAGAAGUGAGCCAAACACUAAUUAAGUUAGCCUAUGAAGCUGAAGAAUUAGCAGCUAAGGAGAAUGUUACUUUCAGCCCUAUACUCAAGAAGUGGCAUCCUAAUGCAGCAGGAGUAGCAGCUGUGGCAUUACAUUCUUGCUAUGGAACUUUGUUGAAGCAAUACCUCACGGGCGCGACUUUGCUCACAAAUCAAACAGUUUUGGUAUUGCAGAAGGCUGGAAAACUUGAAAAAAUUUUAAUCCAAAUGGUCGUGGAGGAUUCGGAUGAAUGUGAGGAUGGAGGCAAAGCCAUAGUGAGAGAAAUGGUUCCAUAUGAAGUUGAUUCAAUCAUAAUGAAUCUAUUAAGGAAAUGGAUUCAAGAAAGGUUGAAGAAAGGGAAAGAGAUUAUUAUGAGGGCAAAAGAAACCGAAACAUGGAAUCCAAAAUCGAAAACUGAACCAUAUGCACAAUCAGCAGUUGAUCUUAUGAGACAUGCCAAGGAAACUGUGGAAACUUUCUUUGAAAUUCCAAUGGCCAUAUCAGAUGACCUAGUAGGGGAUCUUGCUGAUGGCUUUAAGCAUUUAUUCAAAGAGUAUGUUACCUUUGUCACAUCCUGUGGGUCAAAACAAAGCUACAUUCCUACACUCCCUCCUCUAACAAGAUGUAGCCAAGAUUCAAGGUUUUCCAGACUGUGGAAAUUUGCUGUUUGCAGUGUAGGAGAAGAUGAACAAAAUCGUCAUAUAGCAGAUGAAGGCAAUCAUCCCCGCCUUUCAACAAGCCGAGGGACUCAACGCUUAUAUAUAAGGCUAAACACUUUGCAUUACUUUCUUCUCCAACUCCAUUCCCUUGAUAAAACUCUAUCAAUCUCCUCGAAAAUUGUCCCUUCUUCAAGAAGUCGUCACAACAAGAAUAGACAGAUAGGGAGCUACUCUUACUUUGAUCACACGCGUUCAGCCAUCCAAGCAGCUGUACAACAUGUAUCAGAAGUUGCUUCUUAUCGUCUAAUUUUCUUCGAUUCUCACUCUGUAUUCUACGGUAACCUCUACGUCAGGGACGUUGAGAACACACGUAUACGACCAGCAUUAAAGGCACUCAAACAAAACCUGACUCUUUUAUGCGCGAUUCUCACUGACAAGGCUCAACCAUUGGCCUUAAAAGAAGUGAUGAAGGCUUCUUUCGAGUCCUAUCUCAUGGUUUUACUAGCAGGAGGAAGCAAGAGAAUCUUUUCGAGAGCCGAUCAUGGGAUAAUAGAAGAGGACUUUGAGAGCCUAAAGAGGUUGUUUUGUACUUGUGGUGAAGGAUUGAUAGUAGAGGAUGUUGUGGACACAGAAGCUGAAACGGUCGAGGGGGUGAUCGCUCUAAUGGGGCAAUCAACUGAGCAAUUGGUUGAAGAUUUCAGCAUUGUGGCUUGUGAAGCUAGUGGAAUGGGAAUUGUGGGAUCAGGACAGAAACUACCUAUGCCACCAACAACAGGAAGAUGGAACAGAUCAGAUCCCAAUACAAUCUUGAGGGUAGUUUGUCAUAGAAAUGACAAAGCUGCUAAUCAAUUCUUGAAGAACACAUUCCAAUUAGCAAAGAGGAGGCCAUAUUGAGUAAACAGGCCAAAGCAUAUCAUUAAGAAUAUCACAUGUACUGAAAAAUAAACACGAAAGGAAAAGAAAAUGGAAGAGGAAGUACUUUACUUUUCGUGGUGGAAAGCGCUAAUGAAAAACACUUCAGCUAUCUUUUUCUAUAUCUUGAGAGAUUAUUAUUUUGACCACAUUUUAUUGUAUAUAGUGAAUAUGAUUAUAUUAGCAUAUGAGUUGGAGACGAAAUUUAUAGUGAAGGUAGAGUGAAUAGAUCA